CCUGUGUGCGACCCUCUCAGCAUUCAAGACCAGAGUGUGAGGGGAUCCAACUAUUCUGCCUUUCAGCUCAGCAGAGCUCAUCCCACCACUUCGACUCUUCUGUCUCAUCCUUCCCACGCUGUUGUCUGAUUUGCCUUUCCCGCGGAACUUAACAGGAUCAGGAGAGGUUGCCCAGAGUUCGUCGAGUGGUGGAGCAGUCAGUGGCAGCCAGAGUCAUCAUGGCCAUGUCCCAGAAGCGGAGUGCGUGUCUGGGGCUCUGGGUGCUCCUUUUGCUUGGUGCAGGCAUGGAGGAAGUUGUGGAGGGAUGCAGCUGCAACCCGGCACACCCGCAGCAGCUUUUCUGCAGCGCUGAGAUCGUGAUAAGGGCAAAGAUCUCCGGAGAGAAGAUUGUGUCGCCUAGCAACAGCUCCUCACCUUACAUGAAGAUGAUCCAAUAUGAAAUCAAAAUGAUCAAGAUGUUCAAAGGAUUUGAUAAGGCCAAGGACAUCCAGUAUGUGUACACCCCAGUCUUUUCCUCACUGUGUGGAGUCAAACUGGACUCCAACAACAAAGCAGGCUAUCUGCUCUCAGGAAGUAUGUGGAGUGAUGGGAGAAUUUCUAUCGGCCAAUGUGACCUGGUAGAGUCCUGGGACAACUUAUCACUGUCGCAGAAGAAGAAUCUCAACUACAGAUACCAGAUGGGCUGUGAAUGCAGAAUCAACACCUGUUACACAGUCCCGUGUGCGUCUACAGGAGAAAACGAGUGCUUGUGGACUGACUGGCUGCUGGAUAACAGCCUAAACGGGGAGCAGGCUCGGCAGUACGCCUGCAUCCGCCGCUCUGACACAACCUGUAGCUGGUACCGAGGUGGACCCCCACCGGAGAAAGACUUCCUGGAUAUGUCUGACCCUUGACCUGUAAAUUCUGAUAUUCAUCUUACUCCAUUUCUCUCCUGCAAAGUCCCAAGAAACAUCUCCUGCUUUUGUUCAUGUAGCUCAAAUUUGGUGCACAAAGUAGCAACUGAUUUCACUGAAAAAUUGGCAGAUUUUUUACGCUUGAGGGGGUUUAAUUCAACGCCGAGCUUCUUUUAGCAGAGCUCAGGUGGUUGCUACAGCAAUGCUAGGAAAAUCUUUGUAAACUGCAGGGGCUUUCAGCAUUCCUCCAUUUCUCGCUCUCACACAUUUCCACUUCACUUGCUGUUUUCCACAGAAUAAUAGCAGCAGACCUUCCACUGCACAUUAUUCACCCAGGAGUGAAUCUUUUCUUCAUUUCUGAUGCCCUGGUGGUAAAUGCAUAACUCUGACGAAUACUCAAGACCUCGUAUUUGUUCACGCAUAACCCACGAAAGUAAUUUAGGUUAUGCAUUUACUGACAGUAGUAGGAAGUUGGACGUUUGCUGUCAAACAAUAGGAGGAAACUAGUGCCAGCUUCUGCCACAAUCUGGUACAUACUGUAAACAAAUCCUAUGUGCACAAAAUUUUUGCAGGUAGACUGCAGCACUGACACAUUUCCCCCACAUAUUCUGGUGUUGAAUUUUUACCUUUAAAUAGUAUCGAAUAACUGUCCCAUGCAGGGUGCAAAAUUAGCUUUGUUGUCCGCCAGCCAAGUGGCUAGUGAAUGUUCAAAUUUUAUCAGCUACUCAAUAGAUAAUCAGUGUUUUUUUGGGCUGGCGAGGGAAGCAAAUCUAGCAGCCACUUGCAUAUUUUACAAGCAUUUGGCUGGUGGAUGAUGCUAAUUUUGUACUCUGGUCCCAAGCAAAUGAAAAUGCACUGUAUAUAUAUAUAUAGAGAGCAAAUCAACACCAGACAUUCCCCAAGUAAUUACAUUUUGACAAAAAUUGACACAUUAAUUAUACAUGACCAUAAUUCUUGUACAUCUAAAUCAUCACAGUUUAUACUCUCAAAUUGCUGAGAAUGUAAAUAUUGUACUUGAGUAAGAAUUAACAUUUUAAAGGCUAACCCGGAUCUUGUCUUAUAGCGUAGCGGUUGUGAUCUUGUGGAUUCGUGUGUGUAGUUUUCUCGGUUCUGUGCCAAAAAUCUAAUCCAGCGCUUUAACAACAGCACUGCCACCUGUAGAAGCCAAGCCACCUCUCCUUAGAGGAAAUGAUGUAACAGGACACGGUUCAAUUCACAGUUGUUUUUUUUGUAACUCUGUAAAAACAGGAAGUGGAUUCUCCUCAAUGUUCCAGGUUAAAGAAAAAAGUAGUAAAAACUUUGGCACAAGAUGUUAACCAGCCAGCAAAGAGAGAAAUAACUGAUAAAUGAGCUGUUAUUAGUGAUUUAAUAGUUGUUUUAUAGGCAUUAUUUAAUAUAUAAUGACUUAAAGUUUAUUAAAAGACCCAAAUCUGAAUUGACCCCUGUCUUGUUACUGGAUCACUUCACUGAAGUCAUACAGAUUAAAAUGCAUUAUUGUUAUCUUCAUGUACGAGAAACUAUUCACAGAUAAUAUUAGGGUCACAUUCAACAGUAAAACAUUUAAAUUUAAAUUUUAAACCAGCUUUUUGUUCUAACAGUAACUUUCAUAAUGAUAAUCAUAACAAUGUGAGUAGUGUGUGUAAAUGAACUGUGAUAAACUUCCAUCCAUUUCGCCAGAGCCCAGAUCUCCCUGUUCAUCUCUCAGUUAAAAUCCACCAGAUGAUGUGUUUGUUUUUUUUGUCUGGCUCUGUGGCUGUUGCUGGAGCUACAGAUUGCACUUCCGCAUUAGCAGUGAAAGGAUACAAGCAGAUUAAGAGACUGGAAAGCAAACUCCGAUCAAACAAUUGAUCUGAUUUGAUCUGAUUAAACUAGGCAGUGCUGAUGGAGUAUAAUCCAGGAUUCUGUUACACCUAAAAUGUCUUCAGAAACACAUUUCAGUGCACAGUUUGGCUGAAUAUUAGAAUUUGUAAACAGGAAGUGGGCGCCAUUUUGUUUCCUGUAUUGUGUAAACGUGGCUGAAACUGAGACGAAAGGGUAAAACUACACAGAGCUCAUUAAAUUUGAACCAAGAUUCUGUCAAAGUGUUGCACAUUUCUCAAAUGUUUUCAGAAACAUAUUUUAACUCACUGUUUAACUGUAUUAAAAGAUUGUUUAACAGUUGGCCGCCAUAUUGCUUUUGGACAGGAAACUCACAUUACUUUACCCACCCAACAGAGCAUUUAUUGAUCCGUUGCUGCACAGUGCAUUCUGGUAGUUGUAGAUUUUCUACCUCUUGAGCAAAAGCGAGCGCCACAGCCCUCUUCCUCAGUUUUCUCGUGUCACAUAGCAACAAUGUCAAAAGUAUCUGCAUCUUUCUGCUGCAUAGACAGCCCAGUUAUAUGAAAAGAAAUACUUCCUUAUUUGGCUGACAUAUUUGAAACUUACGAUUCUGAAAUAUAUUAAUAAUUAAUUUAGACUUACAUGACUGUUACGGUUAACAACGCAUAAUAACUGUAUGGCUUUAGUGAAGCAUUAUCAAACAAUUUCAUGUUUGUUUUAUACUGAAAGAAUUGUUUGGGUUUGUAUUUAUGUCUCUGUUUCUGUCUAUAUAGAGUUUUCUAUUUCCAUGUACCAAAAAAGAUUGU